GACAUCUGUUUUCUCUCUUCUCGCUCUCUCUCCUACAGAGGAGGUUCUGUUCUUCGACUUUUGAUUCCGCUCCUUCCGUGCUGCUUUCGUCUGGACGUAAAGUUCUUUUCUCCUUGCAUCUGCAGUUCGUCAACGCGCGAGAGUGUCGUCCCUUUUUCUCUCUGCAUUUCUUUCUUCCCCCCCUCUAGUCUCGCCCUGUGUUUUUCGCCUGUAUGUCUUCCGUUUCUUCUCUGGCUCUGUGGAGCUCGAUGUUCUUCCAACGAAUAGCCGCAUGCAGCUCUUGUGGAACGGAGGUUCAGUCUUCCCUGUCGUUUGAGGAGGUUGUCGGGCGUUUUCUGGGGACCCAAGCGCUUUGUCUCCUCGCGUUCCCGAACUUCUGAGCACAUUCGCAGGCGUUCUGUUUUCCGCGGUAUUCGGCCCUCGGUGUACAGACACCCGGGAAUUUCCUCGACUCCUCGCGUCUGCGGAAGAGGCCGGAGAGAGGGAGACGAGGACGGGAGGACAAAGGAGACAUCCACGGCGAGGAUCACAAGAGAAAAACUCCUCAGACUCUUUCUUACGUUUCAUCGCGAAAAUGCGAGAGGGAAGGACUUCACGGAGCCUAGAAGGUUCCUACGACGAGCGGCCUCUAGAUCGACCUCGACAGAAAAAAGUUUUCAUUGGGAACCUACCGGUUGACGUCACAGACGCAGAUCUCCGCCCCGUGCUCGAGAAGGCCGGUCCGGUUCGGUCUCUCCAGAUUCGAAGUUCGAGAGCAACGGGCGGCGGGAGACCCAGAAGUCUCUUCGCUCAUGUGGAGUUCGAGAGCGAACAGGCUUGCGAGGCUCUUUUCUCCGUUCUCGAUUAUCGCGUUUUCAAAGGCCGAACGCUGCGGGUGGAGUGGUGCGACGACAAGCAGCGGCAGAAGCAGAGAGGGGAAGCUGCUGGGAAACGAGGACGCAGCGCAGCUUUUCCUUCUGCCUCGGUGGAGAGAGAACAGCCUCUGGAAUUCGCGGACGCAACCUCAGAGCCUCAGCGACCCCCUUCCCUGGGGCGCGGGGGGCCAGGCGCGCCCUCUGCCGCCUCGGACCGACGAUUUGGAGCCCAGAGCAGCCGAGGGCGCCCGAGCGGCCCCGAUGAAGAAGAGACGCAUGCGGCGGAGCCACACGGUUCGGACGAGGGACAUUUUCGCCUCAGUGGACUAAAAGUAUUUGCUCCCGAUGGAACUAUCACACAAGGAGCUCUAGAGGUUGCGUCAAAGCUAACGCGAGGAGACCUUAGAGCGAUUCUCGAGGAAAUCCAGAGUCUCAGUGCGCAGAUGCCUGCCACUGCUCGCAAGGCCCUCAGCGCAAAUCCGCUCCUCUGCCACGGUCUCCUCCACGCUCAACUCGCUUUGCACAUGACUCCCGGUGAAGCUCUCAACUUGGAACCGUUGUCCCCGGCACAGCAGGAAACAGCUCGGAAGAUCCUCAUCGACAGGCUGUCGCUCGAGCUUCGGCUCUGCGGGGGGAGAUCCCCUGCGUCUCUCGCUUCUUCUCUGUGCCUCGACGCCUCUUUCUUGCCUCCCGAGUCCUCCUCAGAAACUGUUGCUGCUGACUUGUCUCCUGAUCAAACGCCCCUUCAAGAAUCCGGCUACAGUGGUGGCGGCCAGCUCCAGCGCGUGUGUGGGGCGUCUCCUUCUAGUGGCGUCGCGCCUGUCUCCGAAGACAGCAGGCCCACACAGGCCCCGUCGCGCUCUGCGCCCGCGCGUGGGCCCCAGGCGCCUCCUGUCUCGGCUGGAUCCUCGGGAGGUCUGUCAUCCUCCUUGGCCUGCACGGAGUCAGCUGUCUCCAGCCGAGCUGAUCCCUCUGUCCCCUCUCCGGCCGUCUCUGUUGUCCCCUCUCUGGCUGUCCCCUCCGUGUCCGCCCAGGGCGUCUCCUCCGUCUCCUCCGAGGAUGUCUCCUCCGUCUCCUCCCAGGAAGUCUCCUCUGUCUCCUCGCCAGUUGCUUCUGCUGUCUCCGGAGCUUCGUUUCGGGCUCCCCCGGGGUCGCCUGACAGGGGGAUCGGGCCUAAACGGGCAGACGCCGGGGCGGCUCCUGACGCGCUUCCGACACAGCCGCAGGAGGCUCAGUUGCGCCAGCCGUUGGCCGAAGGCUUUCCUGCUGUUUCUGUGUCUCCUGGCGAGCCGUCGCCCAUUCGGCGGCCCCCUACCACAGAGGCGAGCGGCGCGGGUGAAGGCGACAAGACCCCCCAAGAGAGUGGUGGAGACACGAAAGGAGACACCGAGCAAGGCGUGACAAGACCCAGUGUGUCUCCACACAAUGUAGAGGCCAAGGCCAGCGAAGAGAAGCGCGAGACUAGUCAAGGCAGUGGACGAGCUCCCCCCCCAUCGACAGGUGCGAGUCUGCUCACCUCUGGUUCAAGUCCCACUGUGGCUUCGCCCCGUUGGCCCUCUACAAAGAGUGGAGACACCCCGCCUAUCGCGUCCACACCUCUUGGGGGGGCCGCCUCUGUUUGCUCCAGCGCUCCGCCGCUCCUCCCCACUCCGCAGCUUCCGCCUGCCUUUCCUUUGGCUCGGAAUGGGCGAGAAGCAGCGUUUGAGUCCUCGAGACUCCUGUCUGGCUUUCCCUCCGUCCCGGCCCCUGCCAGAGGCGUGUGUCUCUCCGUUGGAGCCACAAGUCGCGUUCCAGCGCCGGCACCCUUCGCCGGCGCCGGCGAGCUGCCGGGGAAGGCUCUUUCCACGCAGACGGUUCCGGAACUCGAGGAUCGCAGCAAGCCGCUGCUCGCAAAUCCUCCUGGAUUUCCCCUGAGGCCUCCUCGCCCUGCAGGUGCUUCCCAGCCCCCCGGAGCCUUCCCGACACGAGCGCCGCCUCCCGCGCGUGCAGGCGCCGCGGCGUUUCAUAACUUCUCUCCUGUGACUCCCGGAAGAGAGUCGUCGACUCCGCCGACUUCGACUCGGCCUGAUUUCGCGAGUGCUGAGGAAGCGUCAAGGGGGCUAAGCCAGAACUAUGUGGAGAGAGCAAAUGUCGACGGAGGCGGUGUGGCCGGCGGGGCGGCUCGAGGUCCUCACCACACACCAGAGGGAACUGUCAAACUUCCAGGCGACCUUUGGGCGUCUCCAGUGUCUCCCGGUUCUUCGUUUGGAGCCGCGAGACCUCAAGCGUCCCAGCAGCCGCUCGCGAGUACGGUCAGAGGCACUUCUUUGCCAGCAGGGGGGGGUAUGUCCGUUGCUUCUCCGCAGGACGACGCCGGUUGUUCGCAGCACCUCAAGAGAAGAAGAACAGAGGCGCCUGCAGGUCCUCAGACACAGACGACCGGCAUCAAGGAAGCCCCGCUGACUUCUCGCAGCGGAGCGCUCUUUGGAGUUGCUUCCUCUGUGCUUGCUUCACCGGCUACGCGUGGAACUUCAGGUCCGGUCGGCGCCGCGGGGCCAAGUGCGCAUCUCGGCGCGGGGGCUUCUCCUCAGGUCCCUCAAAAGUCGCGAAGACUCUCAGGAACGUCUUCGGAUUCUCUCCCUUCUUUCUCAAGCUCUCUCGGCGCAGCGGCAUGCACAGCUGUAGCUGGGGAAGCUGGAAGAAGCGCACACCCACAGGGCGCGCCGGGGGUCUCUCUCCAGCGUCAAGGCCUGCCUCCGGUCGCCGGGGGGCCUGCCGCGGGAGGUGAAUCGCGUCGGCUUCAAUCUGUCUCUUCGCCGCAAGUGCUACAGCAAUCGGCGCCCGCGGCGGUGCCUCAACGGUCCAUUUCAGCCGUAGGUGGAGACAGCGAUGUGCCAAACAACCCCGUCGCGGCGGUUCUCGCUCUCGAAGCUGCUGUCGAGGAAGCCGCUCCUGCCCUCGUCGACGAGGUCAUGCGAGUGCCGACAAUGCUCAGAAACAUCUUGACAGCGCCUGCCCUGCAGAUGCUCCAGUGGGGUGAGGCGGAGCGGCGUCAGGUCCUUUCGAUUCGCAAGGCUCUGAGAAAGCGAGGCUGCGUCGUGCUGGAUUUGUGAGAGAAGCGGAGAUUUUUCGAGGAGCUCUCUGGGGCUCUGAAGCACUGACACCGCGCCGGCAGGGAGGCAAACAGCUCCUCCCAACUUCUCAGUAUUUUCAGCAUGAGAAAAGUGGACAAGAACCAAGACAUAUCGCAGAAGGUGUAGCAUUGAAUGAACGGCAUUGAACUGAAGAUGUUGAAUUGGACGGUCGACGUUUGUCCGGAAGCAGGCCCUGCGCUGGAAGGAGGCCGCGGGAACAGCUGCAAUCCUCAGAGACCGUCUCGGUUUUCCGAUCGGUCUCUUUGUUGCCUCUUUGCUUUCGGUGUCCGUUCGAGGGUUGCCUGUACCUUUCAAAAAAUGGUUCGCCGUCUCAGCGUGUGUCUGCCCGACGCCUUCGUUUUUUUUCGCCGUUGCUCCUUGUCUCCCCACUCUUCCUUUUGUGCAGACAUCGGCCGACACACAGUGCUUUCUUGCUCUCAGCGCUCGUUCUUGGACCCUCCAAUAGGCAUUUGUACAGCCGGGUAUGCAGUCGACUAGGGCGUCGCCGGCUAAUCGCGUAGAACCUUCUUCCCGUGCUCGGGGGCUUCUGCCGACAGCGAACGCCCCCUCGUUUCUCUGCCGCUCGUGUCUAUGAGAGUUUGCUUCGGUGUCGACUUGGAAGUCGAGACAGUCUCGGGUGUGGUUCAUUCUGUUUCAUUUUGAUGUUCUCUGAUGCUUCUGAAGUGCCAAGCUGGCUGCUCUGCACACCCUCUGAGGGAAGUUGUGGUUCUUUGGUUUGUGAGAUGGCAGCUUGCUUCCACCCGUAGCUGCCAGGCGAAGCGUAAAUGGUUUCCGAGACGUCUGGCGCUCUCUUUCAAGCGGCGGCAUCAGCUGCGUGACAACACUCGGGCGCGAGACAGGCGCUUCACCUUCUGCUUCGGCCUCUGGACUUUUCGAUUUUGCUUCGCUGUCUCUGGCAGCAGUCUCUGUUUGUUCUGCGUUGUGACUCCUGUGUGUCUCGCGAAGAGAGACACAGGCAUGUGACGGCUGCAGACAUCUGGAAACUGGCGCGCACUGUGUGAUGUCUCCACGCCGAUCACGGCUUGUUCAUAGGAGCCGCCUGGG